AUGCGCAAAUUUACUUUUGAUAUUAUAUCUUCUUUACCUGAAGAACUUAGUAUUCAAAUUUUGAGUUUUCUUUCUGUCAAAAGCUUGAUCCAAUGUCAACUUGUGUGCAAGCGUUGGAGAAAUUUUGCUAACGAUCCUAUCAUAUGGAAAAGAAAAUGCCUUGAAUUAGCUAGUCAUGAUAUUAGUCCACUAAAGUCACCUUCUAAUCCUGUUAUGUGGUACCCUUUGUAUCGUAAACUUUUUAAGCGUGAGAACAAUUGGGAAAAUGGGCGUGUUCAAACUGUUGAUUAUUUGAAUGGACAUUCUGAUCGAAUUUUUUUCGUAGCAAUUAAGGAUGGAAUGGCUGUCAGUCUCGCUUGGGAUAGAACCAUGCGAUUUUGGGAUGUUGAGCGGGGUAAAUGCUUAUCUGUUAUAUUAUUAAACCAUAUGGCGGAGGAAGUAGAUUUUUUGCCAAAAAAAUGGGUAGUUGCUGUUUCCUUUCGGAUGGAGUUUGUUCACGUGUAUAAUCUGCGUGAAGGAAAUUCCAGGGUGGUGCUCGUAAGUCCUAAAAAAGUUCCACUUAAUUGUGUGAAUAUAGGAGAAGAAAUCUUGAUUUCUGGUUCGGACGAUGGAAUAAUUAACGUUUGGGACUGGCAUUCCACCAAAUUGUUAACUUAUUUUGAGACUCGGGGUGGGGUACUUUAUGUGAAGGUCGUUAAUUCAAAUACUAUAGUUUCACUUCAUAAUGAUGGAAUUAUUCAAGUUUUUUCCGUGACGCAAAAAAAGGUUACGCAGCAAUAUUCGUUUCUCUCAAUGGUUUUUGAUGACACAUUGCAUAGUGCCGCCAUUAACAGAGAGUGGAUUCUAUGUGCCACCCAAGACCUUAUUUACCUUUUGAAGUGGCAAUUCCUACCAGAUACGCUUGAGAUAGACGUAACAAAGCCGCCUAACUUCAAUUGGAAAAUGGAUGCACCUGCUGUAGUUCCAUGGUGUGGUUGUCUUGCUGGUAAGGGACGUUCUGUUUUAAGCAAUUGUUCAUCAACUGGUCCUAUUUGCGUUGUGAAACCUGGUGGUAGCGUCAAAUUUUUGACUGAACCUGGGCAAGAAGGUGCUGAUUCUCUUAAAGGUUUUAAACUGUUAACUUUGACCGAACAACCUACUUUUAUGGAUGUUGACGAUCGUUUUUUAUUGAUUGGAACAAAGCAAGGAAAAUUGAUACGUUGUGGAUUUGAUGAUACGCACACUCCCUUUGACGAUGAAGACGAAGAAGACACUCUGUUAGAAAGGGAUAACAAUUCUCACUUGAAUUUCAGCGGAUCACCUUCGAGCUUUAGAAAUGGUCGUAGUCAUGGUAAAACUAGUCAUAACCCACAAAAACCAUUUCAAGGGCAGACCUUUGUAGUAUACGGUUAUGAUGAAACUCAAAAACAAAAUUUAGAAGAAAUUAUAAAACGUCAAGGCGGUUCUGUAACUCAAACACUCAGCAAUCGGACAACGUAUUUUGUCACAGCCAAAUCAGAGGAAAAUUGUGAAGAAAUUGACGAAAUGGUGCGUUUUAAUCACAGUACUCACAUGGUUUCCGAAGAAUUUAUUUACGAUUCGGCAAAUAACAUACAUCAUUUACGUGAUGCGGAGGUAUUUGAGAAUAUUGGGAACUCAAGACGGCGACGACGACGACAAGGCGCAAAAUAUUCGAGGCGUCAUAGUUUUCAUCAAAGUAAUAGUUGGGGUCCGGAUUCUACGAAUGGUGACCAUAGCCCUUAUUUAUCGGAUGAACGACACAGCGAGUUAAAUAACAGUGGUUCUGAGUUGGAAAGAUCAUCUGAAGACACUGAUUCAUCAGAAUUUGGUGAUAAUGAUGUGUUCGUAGCUGUGGAAGCCGAAGCACCCUAUAAUACGGAUAACUCUACGUUAAAUCCAAAAGCUGCACAAUUGUCUCAAGAUAUGGCGAAGGAGAGGAUGGAGUGGCAAAGUUUUUUGGCUUCCGUACUUACCGGUGAAGUCAUCAAAUCAGAGAAACGUCGUCUGUCAGGAAGUUCACGCCAGGCGUCUAACAUUUCUUAUCAUCUAUGGUUUCAAAUAAACACAACAUUACGUCGUUUACCUAGUAAUUUAAAUGAAAGUCGUCGGCAGAUUGAUGAAAUUCUUCAAGAGGUUAUAGAUUUUGAAGUAAAACCCGAUGACGUACCAGCUUUUGAACAAGUUGUUGAAAUUCUACACAAAGUUGAUGUAUGUGAGAGUUUUUAUCCUACGCGCAAAGCAAUGAUGGUAGAUAAAGCUUUAUAUAAGUCAACCGAAUUUCAAUAUAAUUUGGAUGCGUUAAAUUCUUGGCUUACGGUGACUAGAAGUUUUCAAACGCAAUUAAAAAUUUUACAAAAUUGGACUGGAAGUGACGAUUUAGAAAUUGCUAGGCCUAAAGAUGCUCCAGCUGACGCUGAAAAUCCUUCUUUUCUUGAACGAAUAUUAAAAGAAAACAGUUUAAAACAGACAUUUGAAAAACGAACACUUUCCACUUUGACCUCGCUUUUGUUAAGAGCUAAACGUGUCAUGAUCGAAAACGCUGAGAUUUUUGAGAAAAUGAAAUUACCACCUUAUAUUGAUGAAUUACCUCUACUUUUAAACUUUCCCUCAAAACUAAUGAAAGAAUGUAUGAUAUUUUUACUUGAAUACGUUAACAUUCUUAACGAUCCUACGGCGAUGAUGGUGCAACAAAUGAUGGAUGAUUUUCAAAUUUCCCUUUCUUUGGCGUGUAAGAUCAAACAUCAAUACCUUGAACUUGUUAAACCUGCAAAAGGAUGGAUGAUACCUUCUUCUAUUGAUGAAAAUUAUGAUACUGUGUUACUGGAUUCAUUAAGAUUCUAUUUUAAGUUAUUGCAGCUGAAAGUUAAACCAGGUUUUAAAGCUAUUUUCUUUAAAGAAGCAGAAGUUUUAGAUUCUGAAUGGGCUUUUUUGAGUGGAAUUUGUCGACACAUUGCAGGCGGUGAGACUGAGACUGCCGAACAAUUUUGGUAA